AUGAUCAUCACAUCCGGAUGGUACAAGCGCAGCGAACACCCAGUCAGAAUUGCCACAUGGGUCUCCAUGUUCGGCAUCUCGCAAAUCGUCGGUGGCACAAUGAUGUACGGCAUCGGCAACGCCAAUCUGAGUCUUGCAGCGUGGCGAGUCCUCUUCCUGAUCUGUGGUGGCUUGACCGUCGGCUGCGGUACUCUCUUCAUCGCCUUUAUGCCCCGCAACACAAACACGGCCUGGUUCCUGAAUGAGAGGGAGCGCAAGAUUGCCACUGAGCGUCUGGCCGUCGAUCGUGCCACCCGUGACAAGGCCUCGUUCGACACCGCCCAGCUCAAGGAAGCGUUUCUCGACUGGCGCACGGCCCUCUACGCAGCAAUGGCUCUCUUCAUUACCCUGCCCACUCCCAUUGUCAAGUUCUCGUCCCUCGUCAUCAAAGGCUUUGGCUUCAGCUCGUUCCAGACUAUGCUGGUCGGCCUGCCUUCGGGCGGUGUCUCCUUCGUCCUCGUCUGGAUCGGCGCGCUGGUCCCCGCUUUCGUCCCCAACUCCCGAUGCGCAAUCGGCAUCUUCCUCGCCUCAAUGCCACUCAUGGGCACCCUGAUGCUGCUCUUCCUCCCCGCCAGCAACAGCUGGGGCAUCGUCGUCGGCACCUGGUUCGCCGGCUCCACGGCGCCCCCGCUCAGCAUCGCCGUCGGCCUCAUGGCAUCCAACGUCAAGGGCAACACCAAGAAAUCCGUCGUCAGCGCCAUCUUCUUCGUCUUCUACACCAUCGGCUGCAUCGUCGGUCCCCAGCUUUGGCAAAAACCAGAUGCCCCGCGUUAUGUCAAGGGCUGCAUCACUAGUCUUGUCAGCUGGGUCUGUCUCAUGGUCUGCCUCGUCACCUUUUAUGUCACGGCCAAGGUUAGCAAUCGCAAUCGCGAGCGCGAAAUGGCCGAGUUGGCGCUUCGUGAGGCCGAUGGCGAGCAGAUUGGUGUUAGUGUCGAUUCUGAUGUUACUGAAAAGCAUGACAAGUUGUUUCGGUACAGCUACUAG